AUGGGUGGGGAGGUGGGGCUCCUCAACAAUGACGGACUUCUCACCAUUCUCUCCAUCUUGAUUAACCUCACCUUCAUCGUGACCCUGACUGAAAAUUCGGCAAUGAUGGUCCUCAUCUACAUCGACUCCCAGCUCCACACCCCCAUGAAUUUCCUGCUCAGACACCUCUCCCUCAUGGAUGCCAAGUACAGCUGCACAACUGUGCCCAAGAUGAUGGUGGACAAGUUGACCGGGCAGAAGUCCACUUCCUUCUGGGGUUGUAUUUCUCAGAUCUUCCUGUACUGGACCCUGCUGAGAGCCGAAUGCUUCCUCCUGGGCCCCAUGGUCUACGACAGAUACGUGGCUAUCGGCCACGCUCUAUGCUAUGCGGUCCUCAUGAACCAAAGGAGGUGCAUCCAGGUGGCAGCGGGCUCCUGGCUCUUGGGAGGGGCAGAUGGCUUCCUGAACACCCCCUUAGUCAUGAGCUUCCCCUACUGUGCGUCAAGAGUCAUCAACAACUUCUUCUACGAAGUCCUUGCCCUGCUGAAGCUCUCAUCAUCAGUAGCGGUCUCCUGUGUCGACAUAUCGGUCUACGAGUCUGUGAUGUAUGUCUGCUGCGUCUUGAUGUUCUCAGUGCUCUUUGCCCUCAUCACCUUCUGCUAUGGCCGGAUCGUGGCCUUCGUGCUGGGCAUGCGCUCGGCUCAUGCCUGGAAGAAUACCUUGGCCACCUGCUCUUAA